GUAUGGAGGAUAUUUAAUUGAUUAUAAGGAGAAUUAAACGAUCAGGUGAACCUCGUUUAAAUCUUUCUGCCAAAUAAAUGAUAAGUAUCCCACCUGAGAUUUACUAAUUAAAACUUGUUCAUUUAGAUCUGAGCUACAAUAAGAUUACAUCUAUUGAGCCUAGAAUAUUUUAAUUGACAACUUUAAAAGAAUUAGAUUUAAGCAAUAAUUGCAUUGAAGAAAUACCUGAAGAACUAUUAAACAUGCCAAACUUAUAGAGCUUAAACUUAAGCAAUAAUCCUCUAAUAACUAAAUUCUAAACAUUAAAUGGGCAUUUUCAUUAACCAUAAUUAAACUAGAUUUUGCAAAAGUUGUUUCAAAUUAGUCCAGGAUCUAAUCAGCAAUAAAAAUAGGAACAGCAAAUUGUUCCAGAAAGACCAAAAACAUAAAGCAGAGCAAUUCGAUAAAUACAAGAAUUGUAACAUACAAACCAUGUUUUGGAAGUAGAUUCAAAUGAAUUUGAGGUUCAUGAAAUCAUUUCUUAAGGUGGCUUUUCAAUUGUGCAUCGAGGAUAUUUUAGAGGUACUGAAGUAAGAGCAUAAAUGUAAAUUAGAUUGCAAUAAAAAAGAUCUUUAAUCCAAAUAUUACUUAACAAUUAUUAGAUGAAAUCAAUAACGAAAUUGAAAUGCUAUCUUUAUUAAGGCAUCCAAAUAUAGUUUUAUUAAUGGCAUGUUGUACAAAACCACCUAAUUUGGUGAUAGCAACAGAAUUUAUUCAAGGAGGAAGUUUGUAUCAUCUAUUGCAUAAGACCAAGUAAGACAACACUGAUCAAUUAGUCAUUAAAUUUCAGAUCAAUUCAAAUAUACUAUUUCCGUAUAAAUUGCUAGAGCUUUGCAAUAUAUGCAUUAAGCUGGUGUUGUACACAGAGACAUCAAGUCACACAAUAUUUUACUAUAAGGAUAGACGGUGAAAUUAUGUGAUUUUGGUUUAACAAAAAGAUGUGUAAAUAUUGGAUUUGAUUAGUUUAGUCCGAGUUAAAUUAAGGUUAUUAAUAAUUUAGUGGGACUCCAACAUACAUGGCUCCAGAGUUAUUUGCUAAACGAGUAAGUAUAUUAUAUGGAGUAUUAAAGGCUUAUGACAAAGGAGUAGAUCUGUUUGCUUAUGGAACGUUGUUAUGGGAGAUAUUCGCUAGAGAGGUACCUUGGGAUUGUUUGGAGAUGCAAGAGAUUGUUUAGAAGGCAAUGAAGAAUGAGUAAUUGCCUGGUAGGAAUGUGCCAAAGAAUAUUAUGCAAUUAGUGAAUGAAUUGAGGAGUAAGGAGGAAACCAAGAGACCUUCAAUGGAUAUUGUUGUUAAAUAAUUAUUAAGUAGAUGA